AUGAAGUUCACGACUAGGACGACGCUGUUGGCUACGGCCAUCGCUGCUCCGGCACUUGCGGCGGAGUAUGCUGCGGAGAUGUAUGCCUCAGGCGAGAUUCACUCGCAGAUCAUGGAGACGAAGCAUGCCCAAUGGGAUGCCGAUCAAGCCGCAGGCCGCCACGACCCAGGUGCUUUCACUUCGUGGAAGAACUGGCCAGGUCAACUUGGCUUGAUCCUCCGUCGCGACCCAGUCCGUUGCGAAAAUGGCCUCGCUGUCGUCGAGCCUCUCAAUCCUCUUCAGACAUUCCGUUGCCAGAACAUGGACUUUUACGACUUCAUGUCGCAUCGAGACAUGGGCUCUCUCGUCGGCGAGGGCUCGUCUUCAUGGGGCUGGAGAGCGAGGAACGGCAGAGAAUUCGGUCUGAUCGGACAGUUCGAUGGAACUGCGUUCGUGGAGGUGAAGCGAAAUGGCAAGCUGGAGUAUAUCGGACGUCUGCCCAGCCAGAACCCCGUUGUGGAUCGUGGACAGCGAUGGAGAGAGAUUCGUGUCUUGGGCGAUAGAGCCAUCAUCGGCAGUGAGGCUGUCAAUCACAAUGUUCAGAUCUUCGACCUGAACCAACUGCUCGAUGUCGAUCCUUCCAGCCCAAGGACCUUCUCGACAACGGACGAUGUCACCAUCUUCUCAGACACACUUCCACGUGGCCGCACGCACAACGUCGUUGUGGACUGGGAUACCAACACUGCGAUGGCAGUUGGUGCUGCGCCACGAAACUUGACCUGCAACAGCGGUUUACAGUACUUCGACCCUGCGAACCCUGGUACUUCUCCGGGCUGCGCUGAUCAAGACGGCUACGUGCACGAUGCUCAAUGCGUGAUCUACAACGGCCCUGACCGCCGCUUCCGUGGUCGCAACAUCUGCAUCGGCUACAACGAAGACACCGUCACAGUCUACGACUCGACUUCCCGAACUGGCAACCCAGGCGGAGCCUCCGAAGUCCUUUCCCGCCUAUCUUACCCAGGCGCAACAUACUGCCACCAAGGCUGGUGGACCGAGCGCAACUGGCAUCAAUUCGUUCUUCUCAACGACGAACUCGAUGAGCAGAACGGAGUCGGACCAGGUGCUUCCGGCCGCCCAGUCACCCACAUCAUCGACUUCUCUGAUCUACGCAACCCCAAAGCUACUGGCACAUUCUUCGCAACAGAUCACAAGGCCAUCGAUCACAACUUGUACAUUGUCGAUGGACUCACAUAUCAGUCGAACUACGGAUCAGGAAUCUGGGUUCAUGAUACGAGGUCGAUCUCGAGAGAUCCUACUGGAAACAGUGUGACCACACAUGCCUUCUUCGACAUCUAUCCUGAGGAUGACGCUGUUGGUGGACGAGUUGCGUUUGUUGGAACUUGGAGUCAUUUCUUGUUCCCAUCUGGAUUCGUGUUGGUUAACACGAUCGAGAGGGGUGCGUUUGUUGUCAAGAUUGCCCGCGGUAGGGGAAGUGGACGUGGAAGGGGCCAUGGUGGACCGAGUCGAGGUUAG